AUGAUCGUGGACAAAUUCAAAAAAAAACCAGAAACAUACAAUCUCGUAACCCUGAAUUUCCAAAAUGUUAAUGCGUUUUUAAAUCGAAUUGGAAAAGGAGCAAACACAUUUACACAAGAGAAUCUUGAUGAGAACGAUGUGGAGGGUGAAGAGAAUUCCGGAGAUAGAGGAAAUAUUGGACAUUUCGUCCAAGUGACAGCACUGCGUCCAAGCUAG